GGUCAAAAGUCGCUCUGAAGAGGCGGAGAAAAGAGCUGAAAACACACAGGUAGAUCACAAAUACUCUUGCAGUGGAUUAUCAAACAUACCUCCAACUAUAAACCUCAUAUUUACCGGUAACCUGCUUGAAUCUAGUUGUCUGUGAACAGUUUUGUACUGGUCGGAGUGAAGUUGUGAUUUUUUUGGAACUAUCGUCGAUCGACGUCGCUGUAAGUUUCAACGCCAACAUGGAUCACUUGUCUCGGGGUUUGUGUGGUUGAUCUGAAGCUGUCAAGUACCGGGAUACUGUUUUUCAUUAACGGUGAGUGACUGUAGGUGGUUGUAGCCUACAUGUAGUAAUGUAAACUAGUCUCCUGCUUUGUUAAGUCAACAAAGUCCAUGAAUUAUUAGGUUUUAGAGUCUUUAAUGUGAAAUGUAACUUAUAAUUUCUCAAAAUAUUGUCAUAGCUGUAAUAAGUUUGACUUAAAAUGGCUAUUUGCCCUGGUACUAUACAUAAGGUUGACAUACACGAAGUGCUUAUUGGAUUUAUUUUUGUACAUUUCAAAAUGAAAUAGACUGCUCUUAAUCUUAUAUUUAUUAAACACACUCAGGUAUGUCAAACUUGGUUAUCUAUAUGAUGUGUUUGGUUAUCUAUAUGAUGUGUUAUAAAAGUUUUAUACUCCCCUUCUGUUUAUAAAGUUGCUCACAGACUUCAGUCUUCACCAUCUACAACUGCUUAACAGGGAAUCAAUCAAAAGUGCUACUAACUUUUAAUUACUGAGAGCAGUGAGAAUAAGUGCUCCAGAAUGUUUUAUUUUUCAAUUCAAAUGCAAAUGAGCUGAAUACUUUCACCCUAAAUGCACUUGUGCUUUUGAGAAAAUAACAUCUGAUAUUUUGCAAGAAGCACACCCUAAAUGCACUUAAUCCAAGCUCAGAUUAUUAAUAUACUUUCAACAUCACAGUUUUUAUUUUUUGUGUAAAUGCACCUUUUCUGCUAUAUUUACUGAUGUUUCCACAUGCUUAAUCUUGAUUUGUUCUCAUGCUACCAGUGUAAACAAUCCCCAACAUCUUAAAGAGUAGUUUUCAGGAUAAAGAUCACUCUUAGCCAUUUGAAGUUACAGAUAAUAUCUAACUAGUGACCGUCCAGCCUUAUAAAGCUCCAUAACCAAACAGUUUAACACAUGGUUGUUAUGCAUGCCAUGAGGCUGAGAGCAUUUUCAGUAGCUGAGCAGGUUAAAGAUUCAUCACUCUGUACAUAGAGAGACUGAUCACAGAGUUUGCUGUGUUGACCAGUGUAAGCAUUUCCUUCCUGAUUUUGAAUGUCACCGACAGACAAUUUGUCUCGUACUCGCUCAAGCUAAGAGAAAAAUUAAUUGGGAGUUGUCUCUGGAAAUGAAUGCAAGUCCGGGCUAGUACCCUCCUGCGUGGUUGCUGUUUCUUUGCGGCAUCAGUUGGCAGUUAAAAAAAAGAGACAGACAGAGACAGGUUGAUUGUUGAGGACAAUGUGGCUCUGCAGGCUGUUUGGUGUUGAUGUUAAUUUUUUCCCAGGGUAGCUGACAGGGGAAUGUUGAAGGCCUUUUCUGACUCAUAGCUGCUGGGUUUGGUGAGCUGAUAAGCUGCUGAUUUAUGGUCGAACAACCCUCUAGGAGCAGUAAAAGCACAAACAAGCGAUUGAAAAAUCUGUUUGGGUAUUUUAUUGCAUCAAUUUGAGGUUAUCUGUCUACAUGUCAGUCUAAAAUGAAAGACAAUAUGAUGUCCCUGUCAGUCUGAAAAAGCAGUUGACAGUCAUGCAACCGUUGACGUGUAUCACAGUAGCAUAAAUACUGUGCGAAGAGGAUCCUGUCUGACUGGUACCCCCUAAACUGACUGACAAGAUUAUGUUUCCGCCUCUCAGUUUUUCACAUUGCUUCAGGACUCCCUGUGGGACUGCAGCCUCAAAGGUUCAAAUGAGUCACCGCCCAGAGAGCAGGACUGAGACUGAGCCUACUUUGUGUAAUAGUUGAGAAAAAGACUGACUUGUGUGGCUGUUUUUGUCCCCCUGUUUCCUUAUCCACCUGCUCCUUUCUGUUUGUUGCUACUUUCAUGCCCUGUUUGAUGGUUUCGCUAACUGUUAUGAUAUUCUAGCACGUGCAAAUCAACCUUUUUCCUUUGCUGUGGUUGUAAAAGACUAAAACUUGAUACCUUUGGAUCGUUCGUGCAGUAAACUUAACCAGCAGGAUUUAAAUAAGAUUCAAGUACGAGCACCUUUGCACAAACACAACAUAACAACUAAGUGUUGGCACAUAUCUGAAAGCUGGAAAGUCUCCCUGUGGCCUCUAAUGCCAGAGGGCUUUUUGUUAUGUCACUGUGGCAACUGCAGAAUCUCAGGUUAGACUCAGUUACUGUUAAACUGUCUGGUUCAAUGACCUGAUUCAUGUGGCAGUCAUUUUUCCCAGGUAUCACAAAUACUGUUAAAAAGAAUUACGCUGCAUUUGCUCAAGUGUUAGUCACACAGACUUCCACUUUACUGCUUUCAAAAUGAUCCAACAUCUGACCAUUUCAGCCUAAAAAUACUUACUUUAGCCGUCAAACAAAAGCUGACUCUAAGCAAGAAAUGCAAACAUCACUGCAUUGAAGAAAUUUCUGAGAAUAAAUCUUAAAAUCAUAUCUAUUUAACGCCUUUUGUAUCAUAUUUGAUACAUACUUUCAUGAUACGUCUAUUAAAUCAAUAUGAUCAAAAAAUUACUCAAAAAGCACCUGAACACAGUCCGAUAAAUGAUAAAAAUGCUCUUUUGUGGUUUAUCAGUUUCUAAAAACAUCUAAUGUACCAAACAAGAUAAAUAUAUAUAUUUGUUAAAUUUUGUGGGCAUUUUGAUUUUUCUGGUUUUCAGUAGGAAGUAAGACAAGAUAGGCCAAAAUGGGCCAAAAACAGCGGAAUAACUCUUUAACUGUGCAUCUGAGAAAAAAAGAUCUCGUUAAGAAACACAUGCCUGUUAAAUUUUGGGCAGAUCGGGAAAAGUGGACACUCAUGGCGCUCUGUAGGGGGCCCUCGUGAGACAUUUUUUUCCCGCUUUUUUUUUUGGGUCACUUCAGAACAUUGUGAUUUUCACCGGGCCCGACCUGCCUGCAAAUUUUCAUGAGUUUUCGAGGUAGUUCAGUGGGUCAAAUUUGCGUUUUCAGUGGGCGUAAAAUAAUAAUAAUAUUAAUAAUAAUAAUAAUAAUAAUAAUGGAGAACCCCUUGGAUUACCAAAGGGCUUCACCGCAACGCUGUGCUCUCAGCUCUGGCCCUAAUAAACAUUUCAGCUCCCAAAAAUUUGAAUUCUCUGGCCAUAAUUUGUGGUUUCAGGCAUUAAAGGGUUAAAAAAUACAUCUGAGCGCUGUCUUAUAACCUUCAACCUUUAGCUUUACAGGCAAGUCAGCUAGCCGGGUCAUGCUGAUGGACCAGGACACUCAGUGGCUGUACGCGCUCCUCGCCGAGGUCCAGCUGGAGAAGUUCUACCUCCGCGUCAGAGAUGGACUCAACAUCACGCGCAUCGAUCACUUCGCCUACGUGAAGGAGAGCGACCUGGAGCAGAUCGGGAUCAGCAAACCUGGUGAGCGUGAUUGCCACCUAGCUAUCGAAUAAAAAUCUUAUCACUUAAAGUUACUUCAGGCGGUUAUUUUAGUUUGUUCUUCCUUUUCUCAUAUUUAUAAAAAGUUCCCACAACUUCUUUUAAAAGUGUUUUUAACUUGGCUUCAAAGUCCAUGCGGUUCAUAGUUUCUUCAUGAUUGUAAGUCUAAAAUAUGUUCACUAUGUUUAAUUAUUUUGGGAGUAAUCUUCACCUUGAUUACCUUGAGUGUAUCUUUUGUUUGCCUUUAUUUAUUAAUCCCACCCUUUUCCCUCAGACCAUUAGACUAUUGUUCACUUGACACUGAAAACUCUAGGGUGUGUUUGAAAAAUUCACUUCCAUUGAAAUAUGAGCGCAUAUCAUGUAGCAAACCUGGCACCAGCACGCAAAAAAUGUAGCCUCCAAGAAAACCUGUACCAGGUUCAGGAUGGUGUCAGGUUUAAAACGUGGACUUCCCUUACUCCUCCUCGGCUAUCACAGACAAAAGUGAGGGUAAUAUCAGAGGGUGUGCGGCUUUUUUUACCUGCUACUAGUUAUUUUCUUCUGUCUUUUACCUCUGCGAGUACGACUGUAAUAAAAACUCAAUAAAAAAAUCAAAAUGUAGUGAGAUUUGGUUGAGGUCUGAAAGGUUUAUGUCCACCUGAAAGUCCUAAACAGACUCAAAUCAAGUGCAGAAAAAAAGCUAAAACUCUGUAGGAUUUUGGUUCUGACUCUUAUUCUUCUCUUUUCAGCUCAAAGGAGACUAUGGGAGGCUCUGAAACGCUUCAAGAUAAACUCACGAUCACGGAUGCCCAAGGUCAGAAACAUGGAGAAACACCAACUUUGAGUUCUUAUAAGUUUUGUAAAACCUACACUAUAAAAACCAGCGCCCGCAUUAAUGAGAUGUUCAUGUUUUCACUAAUGCACACAGUCAGUAGGUCGGAGUCAGGAUGGGCUAGAGCAGUGGAGUGGAGGCGGUCCCACUCAGAGUCAAGAUGGAGGAAGCCGGGCCCUACCAUGCCUGAUCCAGGACAGCGAGCUGGUUCUGGGAGAGAAGCUGGGCUCCGGGUCCUUUGGGGUGGUGAAGAAAGGAGAGUGGCACACGCCCUCUGGGAAAGUGGUAAGAGGCAGUUUAAUCCACUGUUGAGUAGAUACAGUUUCAACACUGCUAAUCCCUUUAAGAAGUCUGCAUUUGCAUCCUGCUUUGAUCAGCAGCGGCUUGGUGGCUGUCUAACAUGAGUCUGGUCCUGCUCAAGGUUUCUGCCCUGCCACUGUCACUCAUGUUAGAUGGGACGGGUCAAAUCUGUCCUAUCUUAAGGUUGGGUUGUAGUAAUUCAUCAAACAAUGAUCGUGGUCCAUACCUGCUUUUUUUCAGAAAGCGUCUUGGGAUAACGACUAUUGUGAUUCUGCACGAUAUAACUAAAAUUUGAUUUAAUUUGUUUGAUCUGAGCCCCAAAACGUAUUUCAUAUUGUGAAUCAGAAAAAAUCAUAAAACAGAACUUAAAGCUACUCUAUCUUUUCUUCAUGAAUUCAAUCUGUCGAAUAACUUCUCAGAUGGCCGUAAGAUUUUAUAAUUGUUAAAUUACAGACACUUCGUCUUCCAGUUCCUUUCAUCCUCUUUCAGCUCUUUGUUUUGCCAAAACUGACACAAACCAAAAGUUCCUCACAGGAGCUUUAAUUUUUGUAUUAAUAAUAUGACAUGAUGGUGUUUCUGCUGCCAUCAAGUGGCAAGAAAUAAGAACUGCUAAAUCCAUAUGAGUCAGUUAAUUGUAUGUUUUUCCUCCUUUGGUAAAGAGAUGCUCCAUCCAUGUAAACAAACAAAGACUGAUCAGGUUUUGGUCUGUUUGUUCUCUUCACAGUUGCCUGUAGCCGUUAAGUCCCUCAGAAGUAACAUGUCCAGGCAGACGGACACACUGACGGACUUUCUCCAAGAGGUCACCACCAUGCAGUCUUUGGACCACCCCAGCAUCAUCAGGCUCUACGGUGUGGUGCUCACAAAACCCCUUAAGAUGGUAAGAUUACAGAGAGUGGGUAUAAAAUGUUUUAUUUGUAUUUCAACGCCGGAUCUCACAAUCUUUUACUUUAUCGUCUUUUAGGUAACAGAGUUGGCCCCCUUUGGCUCGCUGUACGACAUGCUGCGCUCUCGUCAGUAUGAAUACCCUCUCGUCCGCCUCUGGCUCUUUGCAAAACAAAUCGUAGCAGGGAUGGAUUACCUGGAGAGCAGGAGGUACAUCCACAGAGACCUGGCAGCGAGGAACGUGCUUCUGGCAUCCAGGGAGAUGGUUAAGAUCGGGGACUUUGGCCUGAUGAGAGGCCUGAGCCAGGAGGAGGAUCACUACGUCAUGUCUGCACACAGGAGGAUACCGUUUGCAUGGUGAGGGGAACAUUAAGUUUCAAGGUUAUCAGAGAGGAUUGCAGGAACUUGUCGUUUAAUGCGGUUUUUUCUCCAGGUGUGCUCCAGAGAGUCUCCGAGUCGGCUCGUUCUCCCACGCUUCAGACGUGUGGAUGUUUGGUGUCACCCUGUGGGAGAUGUUUACCUACUGUGAGGAGCCCUGGUUCGGUCUGUCAGGCAGACAGGUACGCACUUGCACACCACCAAGUUGAACUUUCACGCACAGCUUUUUUCUGUUUGUCCACGGCGAUCGCUGUGUUUUUAAUGACAUCUGGAAUGCGCGCCCCGCCCUGAUGCUUUUGUAAUUCACUCUCUGACUCAGAGUUAUACAAUCCUGAACAUUCUUCCUCUUCAAUCCAGAUUUUGUGGCGUGUGGAGCGGGAGGGAGAGCGUCUGGAGAAACCGCCAGAUUGCCCCCAGGAGCUGUACGCUGUGAUGAGGAAAUGCUGGGCCUGUAGUCCACAUGACAGACCCAACUUUGCUCAGCUCGCCACCAUGGUCGCAGAGGUUUGCAAAGACUCCUUCAAACGCAGCAGAAAUGUGCUGUAAUUUUUGAAAAACUUUUUGUCAUUUCUUAACAAAUUUGUCGUUACAGGCUAAACCAAUGGAGGUACAAGCAACCAGGGACUUUGCUGAACCCAGGAAGCUCGCACUUGCGGCCAACGACCUGGUGACCAUCGUAGACCAUGGGUGGGUGAAAGGGAAAGCUUUGAGCAAUACAGAAGGCCUUUUUUAAGAUGAAACAGAGGUUUAAAUGUGCACAAAGGUUGUGAUUUCAUUGAUUCCUUAAAAGGGUACAAACACACCGUAACACAGAGUUAGACACCCCCUCGAGAGAUGAAUGUGUCCGACCGCUUGCUUCUCUAGUUAUACCAACUUUAUUAACGACCACAUGAUAGCAAUACAGAGCAGUCUGAGGAGCCAUAAACAAACCUCAACCAAAACGCCACUCUAUAGCCACAAAUAAUGCUCAGAACAGCACCUAACUUCAUCAACAGUACAUAUAGGGUCCUAGCCAUAGCACUAGCCACCAAACAUCUUUUUAGCUUUGCCUAAUUUCUUUAGCAAAGAGACUAAACACAACUCACCUACUCUCUUCCAGCAGCCACUUGUUUGUACGGAGACCUCCAGGCGAGUCCAUCGACUGCAGUGGGGUGUCGCAGCUCAAGGAAGAACAUUAGUGAUCAUUUCCUCAUGGAAAUGCAAUUAGACCAAGAUGCAUAAGCAGAUGAAAUACCGCGUCUGCAGUGCAAAAUGAUUAAAAUGGUUAUUAUUGCUUCAAGGAAAUGAUAAAGUAAUGAUCAUAAAUGUUCUUCCUUGAGCUGCGACACCUCACUGCAGUCGAUGGACUCGCUCGGAGGUCUCCAUACAAACAAAUGGCUGCUGGAAGAGAGUAGGUGAGUUGUGUUUAGUCUCUUUGCUAAAGAAAUCAGGCAAAAUUAAAAGAUAUUUGGUGGCUAGUGCUAUGGCUGGGACCCUAUAUGUACUGUUGAUGAAGUUAGGUGCUGUUCUGAGCAUUAUUUGUGGCUAUAGAGUGGUGUUUUGAUUGAGCACAUGGCACUGUGUAUUGCUAUCGUGCGGUCGUUACUAAAGUUGGUAUAACUAGAGAAGCAAGCGGUCGGCAACAUUCAUCUCUCGAGGGGGUGUCUAACUCGGCGUUACAAUGUGUUUGACCUAAUUUUACACCGGAAUAUUUCUUUAAAAUUAGUCAAGCUUUGUUUGACAAACCAAAGCAGGUAUUAGCAGGGGUGCAUGGGGCAGGCAGGGGAGGGAUGAGCUCCUCUUUUUAGUACUCUUGACGGGGAAAAAAUGAACAAAUGAGCAGCUACCCCCUGGUGGUGGUUUCAGACAUUUAAAUUAGUUACACAGAAAUAUUCUCUUUUCUUGUCAAUGGUCUUAUUAGCUUUUUUUAAAAUCUAUUUUAGCUAUUUAUUAGCUAUUUUGUGCAUUAUGCUAAUUCACAGUCAGAUGGUCUUGAUUUGAGAAACAGAAACCUUUUUUUUCUAACAGUCUGAUCCGCUCUCUGUCUCUUUGUCUCUCUGUCUAUCUGUCUCUGUUCAGUCUGGACAUGUCUGAGUGGAGAGGUCAGAACCACAGGACGCUGGCGGUCGGCUGGUUUCCAGCCAGCCUCUCUGCACCGAUUCUCCCUCCAGUUCCUGCACCCAAUCCUGCACCCAACCCCAUUUCUAACACGCCACACAUCUCCGCCCCGUUGAAGGGUAGCCUGCACCACACAGGACAUGGGGACAUCAGGGUUGAGCGGUCCUGGGGGACACCGGAAGGCCCAGACGAGUCAGUGAAAUCACUUAUUUGUUCAUCUUGAUCUUACUGUUUGGUAUUUCUGUAUUAGGACAUGUCGUCUGUUGAUGGCGCGAUGAUAAAAAACAGCCACAUCCUUCCUUUGACACAUCUGCUUCCCAGUGGCUCUCUUUUUAUUUUUGUAAACAGGAAGUGGGUUGAAUGACCCACAUCUAAAAUCACACCAACACAAGCAAAACAAGGCCAAAGCUCAUCUCUGGUGCCUGUUAGUUUUUAUAUCAUCUAUCUCAGACUCUGGAGUUUUAUUGCUGAAUGCUGUUGCAGUGCGGCCCUGAACUUUCACCUGCUGUCAGUCGAUCAGUGUUAGUGAGCGGAGGCUGAGAUAAUAACAUGUUUAUUCUUCUGACCUGUGCAGCAUUGGCAGCUGGAAGCCGAGCCCGGCCAGGGAGAAGGAGGGAAGCAAUCUACAUAAAAUGGCAGGUAGGAACGGCAAAUAAAACCAAACAGAGAAGUAAAGCUGCUCUUUUUUUUAUGCAUUUUUUAUUUUAUACUUUUUCCCUUAGAGUUAUGCAUACAGUAAAAUAACAUUAGGAUGGUGUUUCUUUGCUGAUUGCACUAGGUUUAACAAGAAGAAUAGCAAAGUUACUCAAGCUAUUUUAAAGGAAUUUAAUCUAGAUAUGAAACCGACUGCAUAUCUUCAAAAAACAGCAGUUGCAUUAUUCCGUUUUUCUUCCACCAGGCUGCCCUCUGGUGUUUUUAUCUGAUACCUGCACACACCCAGAGCUAGACCCACUCACACACUGACUUCAUUCUACUUCACAGACGAAUACGUCAAACUAAAUGCAGCUAAAAUGAAAAGGUGAUUAAGUCAUCCCUUUGUUUCUGUAGGAAUGUCCCGGAGUCUAGAAUCCCUCCUGGGGGGACAGCGUCCUCGGGCUCACACCGUCAGUGCGGUCAGAGUGGACCACCAGGGUCGACUCUUACCUCCAGUCAUGGCAGCUCACUCCGUAAUGAUGCAACAGGACUUUCGACGCUUCAGCGAAGCCAGCAUCAUCCCGCCCCCCAGACCGCCACCUCCCAAUUUUAAACGUGCGAACAUGAAACCUCAGAGGAGACCAACCAUUCACCCUGCUCCUGGUACAUCAUGGCCUCCUCAGAUGGUCAUCCCCCCUCCAGGGCAGACGCAACCUCCACCUCCAAGUCAACACCUGCCUCAGCAGGGCAUGGGGGGGUCGAAUCUGGCGAAAAUGAGCAACAUGGCUCGCUCGACGCCACAGCUGGAUGAUAUGGACGGCAGAGAGAGGGAGCGGGGAAGAGAAAGAGACAAAUCGCCGCACAUGCGCAACACAAGAGACGCCCUCAUCGCACAGGUGAGAGAAAAACCCGUUCAUUCUUCUACUUGAGUAUCAAAUCUUUCUUAAAAAGGGUCUAACGCUUAAUUUUGAUGGACUCUGCUCAGGUUAUGGAGGCUGUCCACGGAGCGACCACAGAGGAGGUUCACACUGCACUUCAGCGAAGUGACUGGAACCCCGUGAGAGCCGAACAACAACUCAAGGUAAAACCAUGAGACGUUCGUUACGUAAGGCCUUUCAGCAAAUUUGUAUCCUCAGGUGCUCUAACAGGAAAAUCUAGUUGUGCUUUUCUACAUUUCUCCUGUGAAUGAAGUCAAAAGAGCGUCAAAUGGUUUAGGAUGAUGUAAGACUUCUUGUCAAGCAGAUCUCAGGCUUGUACAGUUUUAUUUAUUUACUAUAUCGUAACUCAAAGCUUAGAAGUUUAAUGGAAACACUGAAAGAUGUUGGACUACAGCGCUAAGGGGAAUUAGGUCCAUAGCAGAGGAGUUUUCAAUGUACGCCGAUGUAUUUUAGUUAUCCUGACAGUAAGGUCACAUAAAGCUGGUAGGAUCCUGAUAACUCAGCGUAGAUUAACUUAAAACCCCCAGAUGUUUUGGAUUUGGAUAUUUGAAUCAUCUCCUCUGGGUUUGAUCAAACUUUCUGUGGAAGUUCUAAUGAAUAGUCCUCAUUUACCAGGCCUGGAUUUUUUUUUUCCCCUUGUGGCAAACUUUUACGAGAAAUGCUUGAGAUCUCCUCGUGUGUUUUUCAUAACUGUCUCUGACUUUUGUGUUUUUGUAUUCACAGUUGGAGCAGCUGUACUCACUGAGCCUCUGCUCCAAAGAGGACUGUCUGAAGAUCCUCACAAAGUACCAGUGGAAUCUGCAGCUAGCCAGCCGCUACCUGAUCCGAUGGACGCGGGAUGACAGGCAAGGCCCCGGAGAGAGAGAGCGACCCUCGGCAGGAAUCGAAAGACGAGUGUGAAGACGCCUUUGAGACUUUUAGGAAAUUAACGGAGAACUGACUUGAUCAGAAACAUGUUGACACUCUGUGCGUCCUAUCCAGGGUGUACCCCGUCUCUCAACAAUGGCAGCUGGGUUAGGAUCCGGGCCCCUCGUGACCCUGUGAAGAUAAUGGAUGGAUGGAUCUUAAAACACUCUGACAUGGAUUGACCCACUUUCAUUGACCAACAGCUGGUUAAAAGCAUCUUAAAGCAGAAGAUGUUAAAAUGUAAAGAUAAUUAUUUGUAACAAAUGAGAUUAGUUUCAAAAUGGCGUGUUUCUGACUCCUUUUUUCACACUUUUACGGUACACUGUCCAGCACAUUAUGUCUGUUCUUGCAAAUAGUUUUUGUAUGUGAAUGAAUUUGUAAAUACUGUGAUAGAAAUUGUCAUAUUAAAUAAUAAAAAUGACGAUCUGGUCUUGAUUUCCGAUAGUAUGAGAGUUUAAUAACACAAGCUAAGUGCACCACAACUAUUGGACCGUCUCCUUUUAGCACACAGCCUGUAAAAACACGACUAAUAUUAAAGUUAUUUCCUUUUCUAUGCUGUUAACACUUUAAAAAGUUUCCUGUUUAAAGUUUAUUUGUUCAUUUCAACAAGAGUAUUUAUAAAAAUAUUAAUAAAAAAUGAUUUACCUUCA